UCAACGAUGAUUAUACCCUGCGCUAACCUGUCAGUUUGAUUUGCGCAAAUAUGAUGGUUGUCUGUCAUAUCCGCUUUGUUUAACUACAUAUUUAAAUAUGUAAAUAUGCAACUAAAUCAUACAAAUCAGUGGUCACAAUACUACUUUUUAUCUUAAACUUUUGUAGGUGUAUAAGAAUUACAAAUUUUUAAACGUGUAAAAGAUGUCGGAAAUUCGUAAAAGAACAGUUGGAGAUACAUCGGCAGAAACGCGGGAUAUCAGUGAUGAUCAGAAAGAAGAUGUGGAAUCUGAAGAUGAUGCUAAGUUGGAAGUUGAAGAAUUGGCUAAAUCUGUACCCCAAGGAACAGAUCAUACUCCGUAUAUUUUAGAUUCUGCACUUUCUGGCUUACCUGAUCGCUGGAAAAAUUGGGUAAUUAGAAGUAUUUUUACCUUGUUUAUGAUUGCUGGAUUUUGUGGAAUUAUUUAUAUUGGACCAUUAGCACUAAUGGCUACAACAUUAAUUGUACAAGUAAAAUGUUUCCAAGAAAUAAUUAAUAUUGGAUAUGCAGUUUAUAGAAUUCAUGGUUUACCAUGGUUCAGAUCUCUAUCAUGGUAUUUCUUAAUUACUUCUAAUUACUUCUUUUAUGGAGAAAAUUUAAUGGACUAUUUUGCUGUAGUAAUUAAUCGAACAGAAUAUUUACGUGUACUUGUUACAUACCAUCGUUUUAUUUCAUUCUGUCUGUAUAUUGUUGGUUUUGUAUGGUUUGUACUAUCUCUUGUAAAAAAGUAUUAUAUGAAACAAUUUUCUCUAUUUGCUUGGACUCAUGUUGCUCUACUUAUUGUUGUGACACAAAGUUAUCUUAUAAUUAAAAAUAUUUUUGAAGGCUUGAUAUGGUUCAUUGUUCCAGUUAGUAUGAUAGUGAUAAAUGAUGUAAUGGCAUACAUGUUUGGUUUCUUCUUUGGUAAAACACCUUUGAUUAAAUUAUCACCAAAAAAAACUUGGGAAGGUUUUAUAGGUGGUGGUAUUUCAACAGUUAUGCUUAGCUUAAUGAUAUCAUACAUCAUGUGUCAGUAUCGUUACUUUAUUUGUCCCAUUGAAUAUAGUGAAGCUUUAGGUCGAAUGACUAUGGAUUGUGAACCAUCUACUCUAUUCCAACCUCAGGAAUAUACAUUGCCUAAUAGUUUACAAGUUAUAUGGAAAAUGUUCAGUGGAAAAUCUACAAUAACUCUAUACCCAUUUUUACUUCAUUCAUUAUCAAUGUCAGUAUUUAGUUCUGUAAUCGGACCAUUUGGAGGAUUUUUUGCUAGUGGUUUUAAAAGAGCAUUCAAAAUUAAGGACUUUGGAGAUAUUAUUCCUGGUCAUGGAGGGAUAAUGGAUAGAUUUGACUGUCAGUAUUUAAUGGCAACAUUUGUGAAUGUCUAUAUAUCUUCAUUUAUUCAAACUGCUUCACCUCAAAAGCUUUUACAACAGGUUUAUAGCUUAAAACCAGAGCAGCAGUUACAAUUGUUUCAAACAUUAAAGGAUUCGUUAGAAAAUAGAGGUUUACUAAACAUCUAUUGA